AUGUAUCAAGCGAGUCUCUGGGUGUUAGUCGGUGUUGGGAUCAUCCUCUUUUUGGUCGGUUUUCUCGGAUGUUGCGGUGCCGCCUGUGAGAGUCCCGUCUUGUUGUCACUGUUCUUCUUCAUUGUUGUCAUUUGCACGAUUUUGGAGUUAGCCGCCACAAUCUUCGCGCUUGUUAACAAAGAAAAAUUCGUCGAUUCCCUCGGAAAGGUAAUGGAAAAGUGUGGUAAUGAGGAGAAUCUGCGAACGGCGCUCAAGCCGAUUCAAGAAGUUUUCCAUUGUUGUGGAGCCACCGCCUCGACGAAACAUUUCUUCGUCGAUGGAGGGCUUUGUCCGGGAGAGUUGGCGACAAAGAGCGAUUGCUUCGACGUUUUGCAACGCGAGAUCGAGGAAUCGGGUGAAACGAUCGUCGUGAUCGCUUUCAUUCUCGUCGCCGUGCAAAUCGCGUCACUUUUCUUCUCGUGCAUUCUCUGCAGAGCCUCUCGAGAAGUCCGAUAUGCUGGAUAUUAUGCU